AUGAAAAACAGAAGAGUCACGCUUCCGAUCAAACAUUAUAAAUCGUUUUUGUUUGAGGAUUACAAUGACGAUAUCAGACAAGAACAGAUGUGGGAGAUGCAGGUGCUGUCAAAUCAGAAAAACAGCAAAGGUGAUGAGUCAAACGGAGGCGGAUCACAGAUAGAAAACAGCGAAGACAGAUUGAGCGAUGGAGAGGCGGGAGAAGGUAACGGGGCUUUCGGCACCGAAUCUCAAAAUUCCAAAGACGAUAACAGUAUGGAACAUCCAGCAAUGAGAGGUAUUCAAGCAGGAAACACUCCUCCAACAGUUCCAACCGACAUCCUCGCCCCCACCAACGGCCAGUCACCUACCUCAGCUGAACCAGGAGCGGCCGCCAUAUGUCCAGUAGCCGCUGCAGCAGCUUUAGGCAACCGCAAGAGGCCCCUUCUCUCUGGGGGACCGCGAACGUCCAUGACGCCCACUAAGAGGACAGUAAUGGGCCUAUUAGCCAGAGCACGGGCAGCUCAAGCCAAACAAUUACCAGGUGUAACGGGAGCUACUGCUUUUGCAAGAGGCGUUUCUGUAUUUGAUGAGUAA